AUAAAAACAACUUUCCAGUGAAACUACAGAUAUAUUCAGUUAUGAAUAGACCUGUUUGUUCCAUAUGUAAUGUUUCCUUGAGCAGUAAACAGCGGCUGAACUCACACAUGAAAGCAAAACAUGGUGUAAACAAUGAAGAACCAUGUUACAAGCUGUACAAAUGGGAUCCAGCUAAAGUUGUACCAAAAUCAACUUACUACAGACAGUUACAGUCAAAAGGUCCUGAAACAUGUCAAAAUGAAUGUGACUCUGACACAGAGCAAAACCACAACUGUGCUGAAUCGAAACAAAUCUAUAAUGCAGAUGGUAAAUUAGGACAAAACUCAAAUGAAGAAGAACCAAGAGAAUAUCAGAGGGAUAAAGAGCAAAACCUGGAGUUAAGAUAUAUUGAUCAUAAUACUAGUCAUGAUCCUAAACAUCAAGGAAAUGAUGAAGUUUCAUCAGAUGUAAAUGGUUUGAUGCAAUUUGAAGACACAGAUCACAGAGCUGAACAUGAAGUAAACAAUGUAAUUUCAUCAGAAGUAGAUGGUUCAAUCGAAUUAACAUACGAAGAGAGUGAUUGUGGAUUUUCAUCUGAUAAUGAUAGUCUUGACUCUGAUGCAGUUCAUUCUGACUCAUCAGAAGCUCUGCAGGCAGAUGCAAAAUGUUUUACAGAAGAAGAAGAGAUUUACAUGUCUUUCUUGGCAUACUCUUCAAGACAUUGCUUGAACCAAGAGGCUUCUGCAGACCUACUUAAGUUGUUUUCCUUGAGUAAUAAAAGUGAUUCACUUCAGCUGUCUGGUACUAAACUGAAAGACUCUAUUGGAAAAUUUGACUCAAAUAUACAUGAUUUUUGUGCUCAAUGUCAGACUCUAUUUCCUGAAGACAAAUCUGUUGUAUGCUGCACAGCGGAACAGUGCCAAGGACUACGCUACAAAGGAACUGUUAAUGAGCAGUAUCUAAGAAAGAGACACUCAUUCUUUGUAUCCACAGACAUUACAAUGCAAAUAAAAGACAUUCUUGAAAAAGAAAAUGUUUUUCAGACCUUAAAGAAUUACAAAGAAGCUUGUGCUGAAACAGAUACAAUAACUGAUAUUCUGAAUGGGGCAUUCUACAAAAACCUGUUUACCAUUGAAGAAAGUGAGGAAAGUAUGACAUGUACAAACAUAUCACUGAUGUUCAAUACUGAUGGAGUACCUCUAUACAACAGCUCAAAAGUGAGUAUUUGGCCUGUUUACCUGGUUAUUAAUGAAUUACCACCAUCAACAAGAUUUUCAAGACAAAAUAUGAUUCUGUGGGGAGUGUGGCAAUCAAAGGGGAAACCCAAUUUUCAUACUUUCCUGAAACCAUUUGUAAAGGACAUGAUUCUUCUGAGAAAUAUCGGAUUUCAAAUUCAGAUUCAGAAAGAGAACCUCAGUGUAAAAGCUACACUGAUAGCAGGAAGCCUAGAUCUUCAGGCAAAGGCUAUGGUAUUAAAUAUGACGCAUCAUAAUGGGGAAUAUGGAUGUAGUACUUGCGAAGAGCCUGGACUUGUUGUGCAGCAAGGUAGAGGUCAUACCAGAGUCUAUCCUUUCCGAAAUGACAAGCCAAGCAUGCGUAAAUCGGAAGAAAUGUUGCAGUGUGGUAUAAAGGCAUCAAGGGAAGGAAAAACAUUUAAGGGUAUAAAAGGUGUGUCAGUGUUACAUGCUAUGCAGUGGUUCUGUUUAAUUGUUUGCAUUGUGCCAGAUUACAUGCAUGGAGUUCUAUUAGGAAUGACAAAGAAGUUGAUAACGCUUUUUCUUUCACCUGUGAACUCUGGACAACCCUAUUUCCUUGGGAAAUCUCUUAAAGAGAUUGAUAAAAUCUUGCUUAAAAUGCGGCCAAGUGAUGCUUUAAGCAGACUUCCCCGCCAGUUAGAGCAGCACCACCACCAUUACAAGGCAUCAGAAUUACAAAAUUGGUUAUUGUAUUAUUCACUGCCAUGUUUAAUCGAGUACUUGGAUGAAGACUAUAGAAAUCACUUGGCGUUAAUGAUUGAAGGUGUAUAUCUACUGCUUUGUGACAAAAUUACAACUCAAAGUUUAGACAGAGCAGAUAUACUACUGCAUCAGUUCUAUCAAAAUUACGAAGACUUGUAUGGUUUAAACAACAUGACACUCAACCUACACAACUUGUGUGCACACCUUGCUUUCUAUGUGAGGCAGUUGGGACCAAUAUGGGCAUGGUCAUGUUUUCCUUUUGAGGACAUGAAUGGAUCUGUGUUGGAAAGAUUGCACGGUACUGGCAAUGUCUGUCAGCAGAUUCUAUGGAAUGUUCAUAUACAAAAAAGACUUAUAACUGAUGCACAAUUCAUUUCAAAUUCUCACAGAAAGCAGUUUGUGCAAAACAUGUUACGAGGCCAAAGACAAGUGAAGGUGAAGUUUGUAGCAGAAAAUUGCAAAAUAGCUGGUGGUAGGUCUGUUAUAAAUCUAAAUAAUGAAAAUGAAUUUAAAAGGAAAAUAGCCACAGUGUUAGGUAUUGGAAAUUAUAGUGAUAUUGGAACAGUAUUUAAAGUGUUAAGAAUUAUAUUAAAUGAUCAGGUAAUAUACUCAAGAGAAUACACAAGAAUGGAAAGCAGAAUAUCUAAUGUUGUAGUUAUCAAAACUGACACAGACACUUUAACAGCUGCAGUGCAGUAUUUUCUCUUGCAUGAACAAACCAACAAGUGCAUUGCUGUUGUAAAAAUCAUUGAGUUAGCUGGUCUGCUUCACCCAACAGUUCAUCACAUGAAACUAUUUCAAAGUCUGAAAGAUGAAGAGAUUAUGUUUGAUGUUUGUCAGAUAAAAGAAAAGCUUUUGCUUUUGGAUGGAAAUGAGAAAUUUCCCUGUGUUGCAAGUCUUCCAAGUAAACUAGGUUUAUGUGGAUAAUUUUAAGUAGAAAUGAAAGCAAAUAUGUAAUAUAAUUCUAUCCUUUUACUAAAACCUGGAUGCCUCAUUUUAUUAAAGGCUCCUGCAAUCUUCAUUUAAUAUGUGACAAAAACAUUGUUUUUACAAAUGUCAAUAUGUUAUAGUGAAUUAUUAUACAUGUUUUUGAGUCAUUAUGCUAAGGUGAGGGAUGAAUGUCCCUUUCUUCAUUUUAUUCGUUUAUUGAUAAAUGCCACACAUAUUAAAUCAUAUGCUAUUUUAAAUGAUUUAAUUUAUUUUUUAUGUCCUAUGAACAGGAAAUAACAGGACUUUUUAUUUAUUACUUCACAGAAAGGCUUUUAAAUAAAAUCUCUUUCUUUUCUUAAGAAGAGGAUUUUUUUAUAACUAAAGUCCUGAUAACUCCUGUCUUCAGGACAUUGCUUAUUAUAAAAGUCCUGAGAUUUCCUGUCUUUUCCUGUUGGUAAGAUUAAAGUCCUGACAAUUCCUGUUUUGUCCUGUUCAGUUUUUCAAAAGUCUUGAGUUAUCCUGUGAACAAGACUUUUAUUAAGAAGAAGAAAAAAAGUCCUGGGAUAAUCCUGGGAUUUCCUGGGACUUCCUGACAACAGGAAAUAUUUUCUGC